AUGCGCCUAAUAAACACCUCCACCCUCACCCUAACCUCCUUCCUCCUCCCCGUGUCCCUCCUCCCUCCCUACGCCAUCCUCUCACACACAUGGUCCCCUUCGCCCGACGACGAAGUCACCUUUCAAGAAUUUAUUUCGUUGCCACCUCACGAACUCGAAAAGAAAAAAGAAAAGGGGUACGCCAAAAUCAAACACACAUGUCAUCGCGCGAAAAAAUCGGGGAUCGAAUGGGCGUGGGUGGAUACGUGUUGUAUCGACAAGAGUAGCUCGGCGGAGCUGACGGAGGCGAUUAAUAGUAUGUGGGGGUGGUAUCGGGGGGCGACGGUGUGUUUUGCGGUGUUGGAGGAUUUGGAGCCUGUUGAACGUGAACUCAAAGGAGUGGGAGGGAAUGGGCAAGGGCGAGGGCAGAAGCAAAAGAGGAAUGGGAAUGGGAAGUGGAAUGGACAAGGACAAGAACAGAAUGGGAAAAACUCGGGAGACAAAAGGUGGGAGGGGAAAGACGGGGGGAGUAAUGUGGGAAGUUCACGUAGCAACGUAUCUGCAGCUACUACUGGGUCGGGGACAGGGACGGGGUCAGCGACAUCAUCACAAACCCAAGCUGGGAGGAUGGACCACCUAAGCCAUGAUGAAAAGGUCGCUCGAUUCAAAUCAUGUCGCUGGUUUACCAGAGGGUGGACCUUACAAGAGCUCAUUGCCCCGAGCCGCAUGGGGUUCUACAACAGCAAAUGGGAAUUCGUCGGCGAGAAAUCCUCCCUCAAGCAUGUCCUCGCCGAAAUCACACAAAUCAACGAGUCCGUCCUCGAGAACAGCGCCCUGCUCCCGACCAUCCCCGUCGCGCAGCGCAUGUCCUGGGCGUCAUCGCGGGUGACCACCCGUCCCGAGGAUAUGGCGUAUUGUUUACUGGGUAUCUUUGAUGUGCAGAUCCCGUUGUUGUACGGAGAGGGCGAGAAGGCGUUCAUCAGGCUACAGGAGGAAAUUGUCAAGGAGACCAACGACUUUAGUCUGUUUGCGUGGAAGACUGACAGAAAGUCGGGGACGCAGCACCAGAAGCACUGGGGCAUAUUGGCGCCGAGUCCGAAGGAGUUCGCGAGUUGUAGGGAUAUCGUGAAUUGGGGAAACACCUUGUAUAACGCCGAGUGUCUGAUUACGAGCAAAGGACUACGGUUUACGCCGGCGUCGGGGGAUGGGUUGCGGAGCGGAAGUUCCCGGUUUAAGGAGACCGAGGGGACGUAUAUCCUUGACCUGGGGUGUUAUCACCGCAGCGAAAAGGGCAUGGCUAUCGGCGUGUUUCUGCAGCAGCAUGGCUCGGAUCUGUACUGUCGCGUCAUGCCCGAGAGCUUGCCCAUGUGGCCGACGGGACCCGGGCAACAGCCCCAGUUGCGCAAGAGUAGGGUGUUUUAUAUCACCAAGACGGUGUCGCCUGUGGCAUCGACGAUGUUGGGCACGAGUCAUUGGUGGGCAUUUAACCUGUCGCAGGUGUUCAGAGCCAUGGCCGAGAUCAACUUCCGCCCAAAACACGAUCAGUUCAGACCGGAGGAAAGUUGGGACGGGGAACGCAAGCUGUUCUUGAGUCAGGGAUCGAGGAACUUUCAAUGCUGCGCGGUAUUCGUGACGACGAGGAAGGACGGGUUGGGAGCGUUAAGGAUCUUGGUCUGGUGCCGGCUUUAUCUCGUUCACGGCGGCGAGGAAGAGGCGCAGGCGUCGGUCAAGGUGGAAUUCGACCCGCCCAUCGAAGGAAAAACGGACAGUGAUGGGUUUGUGGGAUGUAAAGGGAGGGUCAUAAGGGACAUCUAUGAGGGUCAGCAAGUGUUUAAAGUCGAGGUCGAGGCAACGACGAGCAAGAGUACAUCUACGCCAUCUCUUGUAUUCAAAAUGCUAGAUUGA